CACAAGUUUGAUACUACAAAACUUUAUCGAGUUUCGCCACCUGAACCUUUAUAGCUUGUGGAACCUACUUUUGAUACCGUCUUUUCGCCCAGUGUGUUUGUCAUCAUGGAUUGUUAAUCACCAGGAACAGGAGCUGCAUGGCUGGGUAGCUAUAGAUAUUUUCAGACGUGUCGCCAAGCGUCUGGUAAAGUUUUAUGAGUUAGGCUAUACACCAAGCAUACAUUAAGAGAUAUUGAUGAACAGGUGACCUUAUCGUUGAAUAAGACAUCGUUUGAUACACUUCAAGGACCAUUUUCUUUAAUAAGUUUCAGCAUCGGCGAUUUCAUUCUGGCUACGGGCUCCCCACCGAUGACGGAUGAACUGGUCAUCACGCAUAGUUUACGACUGGGCGUGGUUUGAUCUGAUUUCGAACACUUAUCGUGGCAGUUUUCAAAGGCGUGUUUCUUGAAAGAGACUCACUUGGAUGAACUGUUGAUUCUUGAUGAACAAGACAUACACAAUACAUCUGAAUACUUGAGCUUGCCAACAGAAUAUGCUUUAUAACCUUAGGAGCAAAACAGUUACUUGAGGCCGAGGAGGCUAUAGAAGAGGUUUGGCAAGCUUAGUUUUCUGAUCCUCAUGAGCAAGAUUGGAAUCGCACCGGUAUAUCUUAACAUUUUAAUCUAAUACGUUUUGGACAUUGACAGGCUUAAUUUCUGAUUCCGCGCACUUAGACUGGAAUAUCGCCGGUAUCUUAACAUUUUAGUCAAGUAGGUUUUGGUCAAACGUUGGAUAAGGUGUUGACAGGAUGGCAGCACACACAUCUGGACACCCAAUACGCAGGAAGUCCACAGUCUUCAUGCACGAAAGAAAAAUAUCGCAUAAUAGUUUCGGCGCACUUUCCAAGGGAGGGAAGGAGUCGGGCGGAGGAUGGCAACACCCCGUACACUUCGAGAACACGUACAAAACUGAACCUGAUUCGAAGUUCCCUGCUGAGAAAGUCGAAAAGGUGAUGAAAUUGGUGUUUGAGAAUACGCUCACGGGUGUCGCGUAUGACCCACGUGAGGCGCAGGACUUAUCGAAGGAGCUCGCCAAUUCGGUCAAGAAUGAAGUGAAGCAGCUGGGAAUAAAACGGUACAAGACGGUGUGUCAGGUUAUGCUGGGACCGGUGAAAUCGUCAACCUUGUCUGUCGCAAGUGGAUUCAUUUGGCUUCCGGAGUUUGAUACCUUCUCAGAAUGCACCUUCAGGGGUGACUCGAUGUAUGCCACCGGUGUCGUGUUUGGCGUUUUUAUGGACUAGCGUGUUUGCAGGCCGAGCUUUGCUUUUGAUGAUAUCUACAUCUACAUCUACAUGACAGAACAGUUAUGCCACGUUAUCAUGCAGUGCUGGAUCAAUCGUGGAGUACUUAUCCUGUAGGCCUAUACUUGACGUCAACAUCAUCUCGCAACCUGAACUUUUUUGUCAACUCUUGUGCCAGUCUCGUUCUAGAAUGACUGUCAUAACUGAUGGAAAUAUAGUAUAAUGAUCUUCUUCACACAAAUUGAUUCCAAUCAUCAUCAUCUGAAUGAUAGAGAGGUUCAGAUUUUUGGGUGAAGUCAUGAAGUCAAUUAUAUUGUUUGAGGCAUAUAUUCUAUACUGUUUCAUUGUAUCUGACAACAGAAAACGCGAUAUCUGUCGUCAAGAUGCCACCUCGUUGUCGUUAUCGGACCAAAAUCUGAACCUCUCUAUUAGUUCGAGUCACUGUGCGGUUGGAUAACAGGGAGGUUUUUUUCGAGGCACUGUAUUUGGUCCGUGAUUUUAUCGCCACGAGAUAUACGUCUGUGAUGUAUCCUUAAUAUCGAGUCUUCUGGUAUCGUCAUCAAGAAUGAACAAAGACUAUCAUUCUUUGAUUCACAAUUACACACCAUAUUAUAAAUUUAGAGUCUUUUUUUAAUUUGUAGGAUGUAAUAUAUUAUUCAAUAAAGGAUACUGAAC